UGGGGGAAGAGAAAUAAGUAGCAUAUCCAAAACCCUCUAAUAGUCCAAACUCCAGAGGAAGAAGCUUUCUUCUUCUUGUUCAUUUCAGCUGGAGCCUCAAAAAUCAAUAAAUUCUGAGCUGAAAAAUGAAAGCUUUCUGCGCCAUACGGGUCGCCGACUUUGCUUCUCCUCUGCAAGUCUUAUUCAGCACCGGAAGGUGUUGCAAUGUGAAUGAUUCAAGCUUCAAGUUGACGUAUCACUACCCACUGAAGUUUGUGAGGACUAGACUUGCUUUCCCUCAAAAGAUCUUUAUCUGUCGGGCGAGGUUUGCGGACUCUGGGGUGGAAGGGUCAUUUAGCUUAAAGCUGGUAUCUCCAGCUCUUUUAGCGGCUGAGAAAGAAGAAGCCAAAGCUGUCCUAACCUUGUUCUUGAAGAAACAAGGCCUCAGCCAUACAAUUGCUGCGAGAACCAUAAACAAGUCAGAGCUUUUCAUUGAUCACCUUGUCGCUAGGCUUCAUUCUGUUCAUAAAUCCCGGUAUCUAGUAGGACGGGAGCUAACCACUCUUGAGAUAAGGGAGGCUCUGAUCCCUUACCUUGAAUCCCUUCUAGAGGAGCAUGGAAUUUAUAUGGUAGAUGUGGUUGAAAGCUUUCCAGAUGCACCAGUUAAAGAAAAGCCAGCUGCACCAGUUAUUAAAUCUCAGUCAUCUGUUGACUUAAAGAAGUUGAGAGCCAUAUCUAGAGUAAGUGAGAUAGGCCCAGCUGGGAAGCUCCCACCUCACAUCCUAUACCUUUUAGAGCUUGGAAUGGAUCUUGAUCAAAUAAAGGGUAUUGCACGCAGAUUUCCAUCUUUUGCCUACUACAGUUUGGAGGGAAAAAUAAAACCAACUGUCGAGUUUCUCCUUGAUCUUGGGGUCCCAAAAUCUGAUAUUCCUACAAUCCUCUUUAAGAGGCCUCAGCUGUGCGGAAUCAGUCUUUAUGAAAAUAUUAUGCCCACCAUGAGAUUCUUAGAAAACCUAGGUGUGGACAAGAAAAAGUGGGCAAAAGUGAUAUACCGCUUUCCAGCCCUCCUCACAUAUAGUAGGCAGAAGGUGAAAACAACAGUUGAUUUCCUCUAUGAAAUGGGCCUUUCAGAAGAGAUCAUAGGUAAGGUUUUGACGAGGUGCCCGAACAUUAUAAGUUACAGUGUCGAGGAGAAGUUACGGCCCACAGCUGAGUACUUUUGCUCACUGGGGGUGGAUGUUGGUGUUCUUCUAAGUCGAUCUCCCACAGUUUUUGGCCUUAGUAUUGAGGCCAACUUGAAGCCUGUGACAGAGUUUUUCUAUGGAAGGGGAUAUACUAUGGAGGAAAUUGGAACCAUGAUUUCAAGGUAUGGAGCUUUAUAUACUUUCAGCUUGACAGAGAACUUGAUGCCAAAAUGGGAGUUCUUUUUGACCAUGGAUUAUUCAAAAUCAGAGCUGGUUAAAUUCCCUCAAUACUUUGGUUAUAGUUUGGUAGAAAGGAUUAAACCAAGAUAUGCACUUAUGAAGGAAUGUGGAGUGAUGUUACUAUUGAACCAGUUGUUAUCACUAUCGGCCGCUAACUUUGAUAAGGCUCUUAAAAAGAAAAUUGAGAAAGUGGCUGCUGCCAAUGGUGACGAUCCUGACACAGACGUUGAAAUAUGAAAUCUGUGUGCAAGUAUUAUAACGAUUCGGGAAGCACAUUUCCGGUACAAUUGCCACAUUGAAACUAAAACUAGAUGCCUUUUGGCAAUGGGAUGACGUAUUGCUUCGGAACUUGGAUACUGUAUAUGAUUCUUCUGAGCAGUAGCUGCAGACAAGAGGCAUUGGAUUAUUGUCUUAUACUUUUGAAGCUUCAGAAGAGAAAUAUGCUGCAGAAUGACAUCCUCGAAAAUGAAUGAUGAAACAUCUGCCUUGUUCGUAAGGCUACCUCGAAAACUUAUUGUAUGUGCUGGUUAUAUAUAUAACCUUUUUUUUCCACAUGAUGCACUUAGGAUAUACUCUUAUAAGUGGGAAUUUUUAAGGGGAACUUAUAUGGCCCUGUGGAGUUUUCAGGUUUCCUAUUCUGCACUGCUGUUGAUAGUGUGAUUUAGGGAACUUGGUGGAUCACAUUUUGUUGUACAUUGUAAUUGAAAUGAGUCCACUUCAUUUCCCUAACCAUUUACUUGUAUUCUCCUGUGAUCUAAAUGAUGUACUUUCUUUUUGUUAAAUGUAAAGGGCUGCUUCGUGAGAUGGAUUA